UUUGGUCUGGAUGACCGUGGAAUUCAGAUGGAUGACCUCGUUCAGAUGACUGGACCCGAUGCUCACGGAGAUCCCCACGAUCAUCAAUUUGAGGACAACACCUCCGAUGAAGGGGACCGCGAAAAUCUAGUAGAUGCCACUCUAUCAAAGAUCUGGGCACAGUUUUUCCUCGACCUCGUGCAGACAGCUCUCAACCCCAAGGCUCGGUCUGAACCCUUCUACAUGAUGCUUACUCCCGAGGAGAGAUGUGAUUUCACUGAGGAUCUCUUCAAGACAGUGGAUCUGCCGUUCCGCACCAUGCAGUGGGAAGCGGCUCACCCCGAGCAAUGGAACCUCAUAUUCAAUCGAUUCUUCCCCCCCAAAGGCCACAUAGCAACAUCAAAGCAGCAGAACUACCCAAACAUGAACUAUUUCAAGGAGUGGCAUCUGCUCAUAAGUCGAGUUUCGGAGGAGGACAGCAGGAGGAUCAUAAGAGCAAUCAGUCAAAAAUUCAACAAGUUGGAAUGGGUUCCCUAUCUAUAUACCGGGUGCCGUUGACCCCCAACGGCAAUGCUCAGAGGGACCUCCAUAGCACAUUCAAUUCUUAUGCUAUG